ACACCUUUGCAGCAGCUUAUCCGGCAUUGGAUGAAUGAGAGACAUUCGCCAGAUAUACUCGAGGGGCAGGAGGGCGUACUGGGGACUCUGUUAGACCACAUCCGGAGACAGUCAGAGACCGUGACACUUCUGAAGGGCGAUCCGAAUUCGUCUGAGGAUGAACAUUUCCGAAUUGUACUCGCUCAGACGGAGAUCGAAAGAGUGAAGUUCAUCGUACGCUCGUAUCUUCGGACCCGCCUCUUCAAGAUAGAGAAAUAUUCUCGGCACAUAAUACAUGAAGUUGAACUCCAGACGCGACUGUCUCAGACAGAGCUGAAUCAUGCCAAACGAUAUGCCGAUCUCUGGGAAGCACACCUGAGGACUGCACUACUGGAUGCCCUACCAAGAGCCCAGCGCGAACUCGAUGUGAAGGACAAUCCGUUUGAGCCUCCGAUGGUUACUAUGCCUGAUCAUAUGCGAGCCGUUUUCGUGCACGCACUGGACGAGUGCCCUCCCGUGAUCCUACCAGAUGGCACAACGCUGCAAGCGCAAAAGGGGCACAUCGUGCUGACACCAUACGCUGUCGUCCAGCAGUUACUUACCAUGGGCCUCGUCGAGCUCGUCUAAUACGUCUGAUUUUGUAUCGCCUUGUUUCGUUUGGAAUGUCGAUGUUGUAAUUGUACGUUCAAACGCGGCUUCAGGUAAAGAAUC